AUGACGGGCCAUUAUACGGAUAAGUGUCCCACACUUGGAAGUGAAUCAGAAGAUGUGAAUGAAAUGGGAGGAUAUCAAAGUCAACCAAGACCCACGGGAUUUCAAAACAAUUUCAACCCAAAUUGGAGGAAUACCCAAAACAACCCUUAUCCACCAAUGCAAAAUCCACCAAAUCUUUUGAUGAGACCCCAACAUCCACAAUACCAAUCCCAAAAACCUCCAUAUCCACAAAAUUCUUAUAACCCUCCAAAUUACCAACACCCUCCACAACAAGGUCAAUCAAGUGGUAACCAUCAAAUGAGCCUUCAAGAACUUGUUACUUCUCUUGCUCAAAGUCAAACCCAAUUUCAACAAGAAACCAAGAAUACUUUCUCCAACAUUCAAGCACAAAUUGGAGACUUGGCAACCGCUCUCAACAAGAUAGAACAAAGGGGUAAACUUCCAUCACAAACCGAGAAGAACCCCAAUGUGAGUGCCAUCACCUUGCGAAGUGGGAAAACACUUAGAGAAAGUCAACCUAAAAUAGUUUCAAGAGAAAACGAAGAUGAAGUGAUCAUUGUGGAAACUCCAAAAGUUGUAGUUCCUCCAAAGGAACCGGUUGUGCCAAAUGUUGAUCAACCCAAUCCUUCCAACAAACCCAUCAAACCAUUGGUCAUACCACCUCCAUUCCCUUCCCGGUUAGCCUUUUCCAAGAAGAUAGAGGAAGAAAAUGAAUUAUUUGAAACUUUUCGUAAGGUCCAAAUCAACAUUACACUAUUGAAUGCUAUUAAGCAAAUUCCAAGUUAUACAAAAUUCCUCAAGGAUUUAUGCACCAAGAAGAGAAAAUUCAAGGCAAAUGAAAAGAUUCAAGUCAAUGCAAAUGUGUCUGCGGUUAUCCAAAAGAAGUUACCUCCCAAAUGCAAGGAUCCGGGAAUAUUUGCUAUCCCUUGUACCAUUGGUGAUUUGCAUGUCGAAAGUGCUAUGUUAGAUCUUGGAGCCUCGAUCAAUGUGAUACCAUAUUCGGUUUUUCAAUCUCUCAAUGUUGGACCUUUGGAAAAAAUGGGAGUCAUUAUUCAAUUAGCAGACAAGUCAAGUGUGUCUCCAAGAGGAGUGUUGGAGGAUGUGUUAGUACAAGUUAAUCAACUUGUUUUUCCAGUGGAUUUUUAUGUCAUUGAUCUUGAAGAGAAGACUCCUUCCAAAUCAUUUAUGAUCCUCCUUGGAAGACCUUUCAUGCAUACCGCUCACACAAUCAUUGAUGUCCAUAAAGGAAAGAUAACUAUGGAGUUUGAUGGAGAAACCAUUCACUUCAACAUCUUUGAAGGAAUGUGA